AUGGCAAGCAAAAAUUACAGAUUGGAUCCAAUCUUUCAAUUGUAUGAUCCGAUUCAAUAUUCGUUCAACAAGAAGAAAGAGGACUACGUAAUCAUCUCACCAUCGGUAGGGACAAAGACCCAAAUAAACGACGGAGGAAGAGUUACCUUUGAAAUUAAUUUGUUGUCCAAUUGGUUGCUGCUUUCCGAUGCCCAUUUCCGAUGCGAUUUCAAAAUCAAAGACGCCACUCAGAAUCGAAUUCCACAAACCAACACGACUUUAGAAAACAACUUCUUUCCGUCUUUAUUCAGCGAAAUGGUUUUGGAAGCUGGUUCAAAUCCGAUAGAGACCAUAGAGACGAUAGAGACUCACCCCGGCGAGUUUGACACAAUGUUGAAAACGGUUCUGUAUCCCAAAAUCUACGAUUCAGUUUCGGGAUGGAUUCCCGAUGUCGGUGACGGAGAAGUUUUAAAAGAACCGGUCAGAACUGUAGCAAAUGACGCAGACCUUGCUAGGAUAAGGGUAGUUGCUAGAAACACACUGGAAAGAGUGUCUCGCGGAGUAAAUCACGGAUUUGAAAAACGAGCGCUUCAAUACAACAAUGUUGUCGAGAACAACAGAUGGGGUAAUUACGUAAAUUGGAAGUUGUAUCCUUUAUUUGGUCUCUUGGAACACAGAAAGGUUUCCAUAGGUUUGCCGUAUAAAAUUCAUUUGCAAAGAGAAAUCAACGACAACAAGAUAUUCUUUGGUGAAAACAACUCUGACGCAAAAUUGGAAAUAACGAAUAUCCAACUUUACAUACCGGUAAUCACUCCUUCCGUAGAAGUGGAAACGAGAAUAUUCAACUCUUUAACCAAAGACAUCGAAAUUGCUUUUCUUCGUCGUAACACGGUAGAAACUUUAGUUAUGAAAAUAAUAGAAGCUAUGGAAACGAAUUCGCCGACUCUAAUAACUUACAACGGUAAAAAAGUGCACAUAACCCAAAAGAUUAUCGAUAAAUACAAACAUUGCAAAGUCAGAGACGAUAUAGACUUGGAAAGAAUUGAUCAGAAUUUAACUAAAAAAGUAGGAUUUUUACCUUUCUUACCUUUAAUCUUUGCUGGUUUAGCUGCAGCAGGAGCAACUGCUGGUGGGGCUGCUGGGAUAGCCAAAGCUGUCAACGAUAAGAAAGCGUAA